GGGCGGCAGCGGCGGCGCGGCGACAUGGCGGCGUCCCUGCGGCGCGCGGCGGCCGGGCUUCUUACCAGAUUGCAAUCUUCAGCUGCCACAGUACGAGCUUUAUUGACAUCAGAUUCUCGUUCUCAAAGCAUCCCAAGCUCUUUGUGGAAACUGGGCCGACUUAAUCAUGUAGCAAUUGCAGUACCUGAUCUGGAGAAGGCUCAAACUUUGUAUAAGGAUGUGUUAGGUGCACGGGUGAGCGAGGCUGUUGCUCUUCCAGAACAUGGUGUCUACACUGUUUUUGUGGAGCUUGGAAAUACAAAGCUGGAACUUCUACAUCCUCUAGGAGAGAAAAGUCCCGUAGCAAGCUUUCUGCAGAAAAACAAGAUGGGAGGAAUGCAUCAUAUCUGCAUUGAGGUUGAUGACAUAAAAGCAGCUGUGACAGAACUGAAGGAAAAAAAGAUCCGAAUAUUGAGUGAAGAGCCAAAAAUAGGUGCACAUGGCAAACCUGUGAUUUUUCUUCACCCUAAAGAUUGCCAUGGAGUCCUUGUGGAACUUGAGCAAGCUUGAGCUGUAAUAUUCAUAGAGUAAAAUAAUAAAUGAAUUGUGAAAUUAUUGAGAUGGGGCUGGGAAAGCUGCUGUAUUAUUCAAUCUUUACAAGUUCACUGUAUCUCCUGGUGAUUCCUACAGUUCCUAUAACACUGAAAUACUGCUACAGAGUUUUUUUGUUCAUCUGAUUUACAAAACUAACAUCUUGACGUUUCUUGAAUUCUCUGUGAUUCUAAAAAUGAAUACAUGAGCCAAAUUACAUAUGUAAGAUCAUAAUUUAUGUUCUGUUGUUGCAUGUUUGCAGCAUGGUUUUACCUCCGUAGCCACAGAAACUGUGCAGUUUCUAGGUCAUUCUACAUUAUUUUGUUCUAUAAUUUAGAGCAGGGACCCAUUCUCAGAGACAACAACACAGUUUACGUACUCCCUUAGACAGAAAAAGGAGCAUCAUAAUUUCUGUUUUCACCAUUCACUAUCUAUACUUUACACUGAUUGACUGGAUUACACAAUAAAAAAUCCUUGUUGUUUUA